CGGUCCGCGGCUCCAACGGCCGUGCCGUGCGGAGCCACGCGGCAUCAUGGAGAUCAUUCGAAGCAAUUUUAAGAGUAACCUUCCUACAGUGUACCAGGCCAUCGAGGAGGCAGACUUCUUUGCCAUCGAUGGGGAGUUCUCAGGAAUAAGUGAUGGACCUUCAGUCACUGCAUUAACUAAUGGUUUUGACACUCCAGAAGAAAGAUAUCAGAAGCUUAAAAAGCAUUCCAUGGAUUUUUUGCUGUUUCAAUUUGGACUUUGCACUUUUAAAUAUGACCACGCUGAUUCAAAGUAUGUAACAAAAUCAUUUAACUUCUACGUUUUCCCAAAACCCUUCAGCAGAUCCUCACCAGAUGUCAAAUUUGUGUGUCAGAGCUCAAGCAUUGACUUUCUGGCGAGCCAGGGCUUUGAUUUUAACAAAGUUUUUCGCAAUGGAAUUCCAUAUUUAAAUCAGGAAGAGGAAAGGCAGUUAAGGGAGCAGUAUGAUGAGAAACGCUUACAGUCCAAUGGUGCAGGGACACUCUCCUAUGUCUCUCCGAACGCCUCCAAAUGCCCCGUGACGAUUCCUGAGGAUCAGAAGAAGUUUAUUAACCAAGUGGUAGAGAAAAUUGAAGGUUUAUUACAGAGUGAGGAAAACACAAACUUGGAUUUAGAGCCAUGUACCGGGUUCCAGAGAAAGCUAAUCUAUCAGACUUUGAGCUGGAAGUAUCCCAAAGGCAUUCAUGUUGAAACUUUAGAAACUGAAAAGAAAGAGAGGUACAUAGUUAUCAGCAAAGUAGAUGAAGAAGAGCGCAAAAGGAGAGAACAGCUGAAACACGCCAAAGAGCAGGAGGAACUGAAUGAUGCUGUGGGAUUUUCUAGAGUCGUGCAUGCCAUAGCUAACUCGGGAAAACUGGUCAUUGGACACAACAUGCUCCUGGACGUGAUGCACACUGUCCAUCAGUUCUACUGCCCGUUGCCCACGGACUUAAAUGAGUUUAAGGAGAUGACGACAUGUGUUUUCCCCAGACUCUUGGAUACAAAAUUGAUGGCCAGCACACAGCCUUUUAAGGAUAUCAUCAACAAUACAUCCCUUGCAGAAUUAGAAAAGCGGUUAAAAGAGAUACCUUUCAACCCUCCUAAAGUUGAAAGUGCAGAAGGUUUUCCAAGCUACGACACAGCAUCUGAGCAGCUUCAUGAGGCGGGCUACGACGCUUAUAUCACAGGACUGUGCUUUAUCACUAUGGCCAACUACCUAGGUUCUUUCCUCAGUCCUCCAAAAAUUCAUGUGUCUGCAAAAUCAAAGCUCAUAGAACCUUUUUUUAACAAGUUAUUUCUUAUGAGAGUCAUGGAUAUCCCCUACCUAAACUUGGAAGGACCAGACUUGCAGCCUAAACGUGAUCAUGUUCUCCACGUGACCUUCCCCAAAGAGUGGAAAACCAGUGAUUUGUACCAGCUCUUUAGUGCCUUCGGUAACAUUCAGAUCUCCUGGAUUGAUGACACGUCAGCAUUUGUUUCUCUCAGCCAGCCUGACCAAGUUCAGAUUGCUGUUAAUACCAGCAAAUAUGCAGAAAGCUACCGGAUCCAGACCUACGCUGACUACGUGGGCAAGAAGCAGGAUGAGAAGGCAGGUCAAAGAGGAAGUGGCAGAGAGGACGGUUGGAAGGAGGUUGAACGGAAGCACCUCAGCACGCAGUGCUUGUCUUAUGCCCUGCAGAACCACUUCUACCACACCAACAGCCUCACAGCCCCUGGCUCAGGAGGGAAGAGGAACAUGAGUCCCAGCCCCACGGAAGAGGACCCAGAGGCCAGCGUCCUUGGCGAGCAUUCUGAUGCUGAUCCCGAACAGACAGAGCCCUGUGCCGAGCCCCUCUCUGAGGGCAGGAAGAAAGCCAAGAAGUUAAAGAGAAUGAAGAAGGACCUCUCUCCCGCAGGAAGCUUCUCGGACAGCUCCACCACCCUCUUUGAAGUCCCUGACACGUGGUAACCGAGACCUGCAGGAACCUGCCCCUGCCACUGCUACCGUGGAGACCUCAGCGGCACAUCGGGAAGCAAAUGUGUGGGUGGAAUCAGGGUGCAUGGCACCCAGAGUGACUCCCUGGAAAAUCGUCCCAUUUUUAUUAGUGUGGCUGUGUUUCUUCUGCUCCUUUUUAAUAUUAACUCGUCUGCUCACCCUUGGCAUGGCUGUGAGUGAGCCUGGACUUGAGCUCUGAACCUGUAGCCCGUGUCUCCUGACUGUGAAGCCUUUCUCCUCAUGGAUCAGCGUGUUCGAGGAACUACCUGAUGGAAAUAGACAGGAAAAGUCGAUCUGGGGUUGGAUAGAGGGAGAUAGAACAGCGGGUGAGGCACUUGCCUUGCAAGCAGCCGAUGCAGAUUCAAUCCUGGGCACCGCAUGGUUCCCCCAAGCCCUGCCAGGAGCAACCCUUGAAUACAGGCUUACCCUCAAGCACCAUUGGAUGUAGCCUCUUGCCUCCCUCCCCACUCAUCUACCCCCUAAAAAAAAGUACCUCUUUAAAAAAGUAAACUGACUUUCCCAGAUGCUGCCAUCCUCCAUCCUAGUUUGGCAGUUGGAUUCUUCGGCGUUUUGUGUACAGGACCAGCCGUGUCUGCCCAUCUCAACACUGUUCGCACUCGAGGCUUUUUUCCACUAGGAAAACCCUUGAUCUGGGCCCAGGUGGGAAAUCAUCUUCCUUGCCAUUGGGGUUGGGGAAUUCUCACACCAGCAUGUGGGGUUGUUCACAACGAACUCUGUCCUCCAGCACUGGCCGGGCCUUCCCCAAGCUGUGUGUGUUGGGGAGACAGACAAGCAGCCUGACCCACAUCUCUGAGUCUGUGAGAUCAUUGUUUGCUAUUUAACAUUUUUGUACCAUAAAGUUGAAAAAUCUACAAAGGAAACUUGUGUUUCCAAAAGAGAAAAAUUAAAGACAUUUUCAUAA